AGGCAUGAGUUCAGUCACAGUUUAUGUUGCAGUAGUUGUAGAUUCAGUUUGCUCGUAUUUCACUCCUAAAUACCUAAAACAUUUUUCGACUACUUUUUACAACCAACAAUCCUAGUGAAAUUAAUAACAGUAAAUCUGAGAUAUUAAAUGAUGAUUAAACAUAAUAAAUCAAUAAAAUAAUUAAACUGUAAAUUAUUUAAUAAUGAAAUUGUUCGAAGUGAAAUAAUAAUAAUAAUUGGACAGUUAUUCUGAAAUAUUAAAUUUUUUACAAAAUUAUGUAACAUUACACACUGCUCCAUGUGAAUUAAAUAUUCUUUUGUGACUGAGAUAUUCGCAAGUUGGUCUAAAGAGAAAAGUAAUUAAAAGUAGACAAUAGUUCUAACGCUGUUUUUGCUUGGAACAUUAUAAACUUUUGAAAAUAAAAAAUGUCAUGGUAAAACUACGAGUGAUGUACAUAUGAAUGUGCUUAUACGUUGCUAGUUGGUGGCUUUCGGUUGAAUUACAUGAGUUAGGAGUUGAUGGACUGCAAAAUCAAUUGAACCAAAUAGCACUAACUAUUUUUAUGUGGAUGAUUUAUUUUUAUUAUGAGCAAUUCUCAACUCUAGACGAAACGACGCUGGUUGUAAAAAAGCUGUGAAAGCGAAAAUUGUCAUUCAGUGUGAGUUGGAAUUAAAUAUAAUAAUUGAAAGAUGUCUAAUUUUGUGGAAGCAAGUAUUUCUAGAAGUCAAUUCCAAGCUAAAGAAAAAUGGAGAAUAUUGAAAAAUAUCCUGAUGAUUGGUAUUGCAUUUAUGAUUCAUUUUACUGCGUUCAUGGGAGCUAGUAAUCUUCAAAGCUCUAUAAAUGCUGACGAUUCGUUGGGGACCUUCACUUUAUCAGCAAUUUACGGGAGUCUCAUCUUCAGUAAUAUUUUUCUACCCGUAUUAAUAAUUAGUUGGUUGGGAUGCAAAUGGACCAUAUCUAUAUCUUUCGUUGCCUACAUGCCAUUUAUUGCAGCCCAGUUUUUUCCAAAAUUCUAUACCAUGAUUCCAGCUGGAUUAGCUGUUGGUUUAGGAGGUGGACCUCUGUGGUGUGCAAAAUGCACAUAUCUAACUGUCGUAGCAGAAGCAUAUGCAACUAUUUCAGAUUUGAGUGCUGAUGUUUUAGUCACGAGAUUCUUUGGCCUUUUCUUCAUGUUCUAUCAGAUGGCUCAGGUCUGGGGAAACCUCAUUUCUUCUGCGGUUUUGUCCUAUGGAAUAGAGGAUUUACCAAGCAAUCUAACUUUGAAUAGUUCAAUAGUAUCAGAAACUUGUGGAGCAAAUUUUUGCCAACGGAUUGAAGAAAAUCCCAAUUUAGCACCGCCCCCAAUGGAAAGAAUUCAUUUGAUUGCUGGAAUCUAUUUGGGUUGUAUGGUACUGGCAGCUCUGAUCGUCGCAUUUGGAGUUGAUUCUUUAUCAAGAUAUGACAAAGGCCGAACUGGAUCAGCAGCUGGCCAGUCAGGACUUAAAUUAUUGGUUGUCACUUUAAAAUUAUUAAAAGAAAAACGUCAAUUACUUAUAAUGCCUAUAACAAUGUUCAUUGGAGCUGAGCAAGCCUUUUUAUUUGCUGAUUAUAAUGCAUCUUAUGUCUCAUGUGCCUAUGGUAUCAAUAACAUUGGUUACGUCAUGAUAUGCUUCGGAAUAGCUAAUGCUAUAGCUGCCUUGGCCACAGGAUCUAUCGUUAAAAUUACUGGAAGGGUACCUGUUGUCAUUUUUGCUUUCGUACUUCAUCUGGCUAUUAUUGUUGUCCUUCUACUUUGGAGACCAACGCCAGAACAAGGAUUUAUCUUUUUCCUGAUGUCCGGGUUGUGGGGGAUCUGUGAUGCCAUUUGGCUCGUUCAAGUUAAUGCAUUGAGUGGAAUUUUAUUCCCUGGAAUGGAAGAAGCUGCAUAUUCAAAUUUUCGAUUGUGGGAAGCAACCGGAUCUGUUAUUACAUAUGCUUACAGUCCUUAUUUAUGCACGAAUAUCAAGUUAUAUAUUCUAUCAGGAAUCCUCAUAGUUGGUGUGAUUGGAUAUGGAAUAAUCGAAGUCACAGGAGGCAUUUCAAAGGUUGUUUUAGAUCCAAAAACAGAUUUUGAACUUGUUCGAGACAAUGAAGUAACUAACGAAAAAUAAUUGAGAUUUUUUUUAUUGUUUAAAUUAAAAUAAAUGUGAAUGUAAGUUAUAUUUUUAUAAAAAUUCAAGUAAUAUGUAAA